AUGGAGAAAGCUACUGAAAUCAAGGUUAAAGACUGGAAACAGAAGUAUCUGUAUCCAUUUGCUAAUGCAGUUACUAUUGGAUGUGGUAUUGGGGCUGCCAGUGGAGGUACAGCAGGAGGAACUCUAGUGGCUGUUAUAGGAUCUAUUGGUGGAGCUACUGCUGCUCAUGUCGGAGCUGGAGCUAGAGCUGUAGCUGCUGGUAUGGGUGUUGUAGAUGCAAUUGUGGAAGGUGUUGUCGCUGGUGCUGGAAUUGCUGCUAUAGCUGCAGCUGCAAUGUUUGUAGGAGCUCGUGGUGUAGCAGCUGCUUUUGGAGAGUUUGAUGACGCGCAGCCAACAGAGCCAGAGGAAAUAAGGAUUGUGGUCGUUGGGCAAAGUGGAUCUGGGAAGAGCGCAACAGGAAAUAAAAUCUUGGGAAGGGGAGCUUUUGAAUCAAGGCCAUCCACCUCCCCUGUAACAUUAACCUGUAGAAAGGAAAGAGGAGAAUGCGAUGGCACAACAGUGGUUGUAGUUGAUACACCAGGACACUUAUACACCAAGAAGACAGAAGUGUUGAAGUGCAUCAGUCUGUGUGUACCUGGUCCACAUGCAAUCCUUGUUGUGAUUCAACUUAACAGAGUCACCGAAGCUGAAAAACAUUUGAGCAUUAUUCAGAAGAUUUUUGGAAAAGGAGCAUCGUACUACGCCAUCGCUCUGUUCACCUGUGGAGAUAACCUGAAGGAAGAUGGAGGCGUCAUAGAGGACUUCAUUUGUCAAAGUCAAGAUCUCCACGCAAUCAGCCAGUGUGGUGGAGGAUACCAUGUAUUCAACAACAGAGACAAAGAUCCAUCUGAGGUUAAAGAGCUUUUGGAGAAGGUCAACAAGUUGGUGCAGAAGAACGGAGGAACUCAUUUUACCAAUGAGAAAUUCACAAAGGCAGAUAGAGCCUUAAAAGCAGAAAUAGACAGACUUGUGAGAGUGAAUCCACAUAUGUCCCAUGAGGAGGGUCGUAUAUGGGCAGAGAGAAGCAUCAAUACUAUUCAGGGAGACAACAGUGGAAUACCUGGUAGUGCUAUUGGAUUAGUAGCAACAGCAGGGGUGUGCAUAGUGCGGCAGUCAGCAAAUGUCCUGGUGCAGUUAUGCUGUGCCCUGGUGAAUCUGCAGGCUCCACUGAUCCAGGAGGUUGCCCACACCCUCACCACUGAAUAG